AAAAACAGUAGAUCGAGUUAUUUAUCCGCUUAUCACAAGAUUAAUCUAAGUCAUGAAGGCAGUCAGACCUAGAACUAAAUUAACCAUUACCUGGGCAUUGUUUGGCAUGUUGGUAUACGCAGCAGUGCUAUUUUGCUUUAAGUCUUUGAAUGGGUGGGAGCAGAAUUUAUAUUUUAGCGAUACUGAGUUUGUUUAUAGUGCUAGCAGGGACCAUUCCUACAUACUGACUUGGAAUGGUGAAAAACACUUUAAAAGGAAUGUAGUAACUUUUUUUGGAUCUGAUUCCUCCAGACCUCAGGAUAGGUACAAAAUCUGCAUUCAAGUCAAGCAAUGGAUAUUAUUAGUAGCUGGUAUUUCCAUCAAAUAUUAUACUGGAACUGGAACAAGCGCACACUAUAAAAGGACACUGAUUAGAAAUUCCGAUAACAAUUUAAAGGAAUGGUGUACAGAGGAAAGGGAAUUCUUACAUGUAGAACUGACUACACCAAAUGGAUAUAACCCACAAGGAUUGGUCCAUUUACAUAUAAAAGCUGUUAGAACUUACCACUAUCAAAGUUUUAAAGAAACGAUUGUUGUAGCAAUUACAGGGAUAGUGGCUUAUCUUAUUCUCAUUGCGAUUUUUUGGGUUUUAAGAAGACAGAAUCACACAGAAAGAUCUUCUUAUUGGAAUAAAAAGACUACUAAAAAAACUUGGUAAUGAUAAAAUGAGAUUUAUAGAAAUUUCAGGGCUCAGAUAUUAAUAUGUUUUUAUGGAAUAUAUCGACCAUAAUGUAUUUUCGUUCAGCCUCUUUGACACAUAAGCCAUUUUUCAAAUGUUUAAGCUUAACCAACACAUUUAGAAUCGUUGAUUGAUGAUAUUUAAAACAGAAAAUCCUUUAUCAAAUGACGAAAUCAAAAGCUCUAACAUAUUUAACGAAGGAAAAACAACUGGACAAGCUUGAUACAUCACAAAUUCAUCCGGAGAAAUCCGACCAUAAAUAGCCAAUUCAGACAGGGACAGUGUAUACUAGUAUAUAAAGUACCUGAUCCAGAUGACAUCCAUCAAUGACAACAGUCGUUUAUCAGUUAGGAUGGAAACCAGCUCACUGCAUACUAACGCGCGAAGAGGUUGAACAAUGAUGCCAGCCUAUUUAUCAGUCAAAUA